CACCAACCGUAUGACUACCCAUUUGCCAACCUCGAAAAACCCAGAAGCUGUCUGCGGCUAGCUCUCAGUGAAGCUCUGAAGGAAGUAGCUUGGCCCCGUCUCCCCGACCGUCUUCUCGAUUGGGAAGCAAGGGCUGCGGUCGCAGACACCCGUCACCCUACGACCAAGGCGCUCGUGUAGAGGCGCAUCGCGGCAAGAAGAGUCCCUUGAAUUCUUGUCGUUGGCGAGGUCUAAUCGCAGCCACUGCCCGUACGCUGAUCCUCGCGUUUACAAACACGUCGGAUUGCGGACCAUUGCCAACACGCGCCUCGAAACGCACGGAGGGGAAUCAGCGGUUGACAAUCGACACUUCGCACGGAACCAGUCCAAUGGGCCGAAUUUAGGACGCGUCCAGAAUGCCUACCACCCAGGUCACCCCCGCCGAGGAUGCUCUUCUCCAAGCCAUCGCCGAGUCUCUUCUCAAAGCCCGCAAGGUUGUCGUCAUUACUGGCGCUGGCAUCAGUACCAAUUCUGGCAUUCCCGACUUCCGCAGUGAAAACGGGCUCUACUCCUUGAUCCAGGCUCAAUUCGACGCCGCAAGCCGGGAGCAUGUGUUGGAACCGAGAUGCACUGCAUCGCUCAAUACGAACCGCGACGAGCGAGAACCACCCACAAAGCGGCGGAGGCUGUCUUUCGAGGACUCAGGUAUCUGCCUUAGCGAUGACUCUCAGGCUAUCGAAGAACAAGACGCGUCCAGCUCCGAAGAGGCCAAGAGUCCUCGGCCGAAUGCGCGAGACUCAUUGAUCUCCCACUCAAUUGACGCCAGACCUGGCGGUCCGAUCACGAGAGCGAGGUCAAGGGAAUCAACGGUGGACGGCAAUAUCGCAAAUGAGUCUAGUGUCACAAAAGAUUCUGACAGCAGACGUAUAGAAGUCAACACCAGGUCGACUCGGUCCACCAAGAGAGCCACGUCCCUGCCCCCUGUCAAGAGCCCCCAGAAAGGCCCAUGUACAGCUUUGCAUUCGAGUUUAAUCGAUGCGCAAAGCGGCUCAUCUGAAGACGAAAGAUCAGCCCGCCGGGGUCUGCGGAGGCGUGGCCAUUCUGCAAGUCCGGACACUCGACCGAGAGCCAACGCUUAUCAGGCGCGCUCUGCCGUGCUGCGAAAGAGGUCUUUGUUGACGUCUCCCAUGGAUACCGUACGGGCGGCUGAAAGCAACCAUGCAUCCACUUUCAUACCAAUCGAGCCAAGACGAACUCGUUCCAGGGCAGCGUUGCAGCCAGGAGAAAUUCAUCAGACGCCUGACCCAUCCCCGAGGCCAAUAGCACAGGCUGCAAGUCACGUCACGCCAAAGGCCACGAGGUUCCUCUUCAGUUCUUCGCCUCUAUCAUCACCACCUAGUAUAUUCCCGCAAACACCGACGCGCCGAAGAGAUAUCGCCUGUGUCUCACAACCAAAUCUUGGGCAGCCAGGGCUGGCAUUCAGCUCAUCCCCGCUGUCGUCGCCUCCACCUGUCUUAUUCGACCCCUUCGAGGAAGAGCCGUCGACAAGCGGACAAACCUCGAGUGUCGCGAGCAGCGCGGCGUCUUCCGAAACUGACGAAACCCCUCCAUCAUCUCAUUUCAGCAAGUCAACAUUACCCAACAUCAAAGGCAGGGAUUUAUUCGACGCCUCGAUCUGGGCCGAUCCGCUGCGGACAGCAGUCUUCUACACAUUUGCCACCACCCUUCGUCAAAAAGUGAAGGACGUUGCACCAACAGAAUCACAUCAUUUCAUUGGUCACCUCCGCAACCGUGGAAAAUUGGUCCGCUGCUACACGCAAAACAUUGACCAGAUUGAAGAAAAGGUUGGCUUAUCGACAUCACUCCAGGAAGGCCCAGGGCACAGAGGCCGUUUUUCGCGAAAGUCUGUCGGGGCGGUGUUGGCUACGACAGCAUCAGCGACCUCGACUGGCAGCGAAACUGCCUCAGCCGCACCAGAGUCGGAAGAGAAGAAAGAAGUUGACGAACCAGAGGGAGUUGGCAGUACUGAGGGGAAUGAAUUGGCCGACACCACCCCUUCGGUCGAGCCUCAAAGCCAACCGCGACUUGACCGAAAACCCAAUGGUGUGGAGUGUGUCUUUCUGCAUGGGUCUCUGGAAUCUCUACGUUGCUUCCUCUGCGGAAAGAUUUGCGACUGGGACGAAGAUGGAAGAGCGUACGAAACCAUGUCUGGCCGACAGCCCGAAUGCCCAUUCUGCGCCGGAGCGACCGCUGCAAGACAGGAAAGGGGCAAAAGAGCGCUGGGUGUGGGUAAAUUGAGACCGGACAUCGUGCUCUAUGGCGAGGAACAUCCCAGCGCUCACCUCAUUUCUCCAAUUGUCACACACGACCUGGGACUUUCGCCCGACCUUCUUCUCAUCCUCGGCACCUCUCUGAGGGUUCACGGCCUCAAAGUUCUUGUUAGGGAAUUCGCCAAGACCAUUCACAGCAGAGGCGGUAAAGUGGUCUUUGUCAAUUACACCAAGCCUCCCGAGAGUUCAUGGGGAGAGAUCAUCGACUACUGGGUCCAGUGGGACUGCGACGCGUGGGUAUCCAACUUGAGGGAAAGAAUUCCUUUGCUUUGGCUGCCACCAGGCACAAAGCUGCCUAAGAAAAAGAAAGAAAGCAGCGACAAACCCAAGAAGCGGCAGGGUAUCGCAGAGGAGGGGCCAAAACCGAGGUCGGAGUCAUCGAAGUCGGGCGAGAACGCUCCAAAGACAUCACAGCCGGAAGUGGCUAUAAAGUCAGAGAAGUCUUCUGCUGUCGUAACUUCCGAGGCAGCAACACGAACUCCACUCCCCCAGGCAAUGCCUGAUCCAGACAAGGCAGACGAACCGGUCAAGAUUGAACCCGAACACAGGCAACCCGAGAAGCAAGAAAGCGAGGCUCCCAAGGUUGCCGCACCCAAAGCGGCGCCGCGUCGACCGAUGGCUGUUCGCGAUGACACGACCAAUGCGGCGUAUGUCAUGUUGAAGGUUAUGGCGGAGCUCCGCCGAAUUACUGGCAGUGCCUCGAGAUCGCCAUCUUCUCCUGUAAGCCGCAGGGUUGAAAAGUCAAAACCCAGGCGAGCCAGAAAAUCUGCACCGGCUGCUCUUCCACAGCCAUCUGAUCCUAGCACUCCGCACGAUGUCACGAAUUUGAGGUUGGGGCCGAGCAUGGCUCUAGUGAAACAAGAGUCUCAACAGCUACCAUUCCGUGACGCGGAUGGCGUUGCGAGAGACGUAACUAUGUUGGGGACCGAAGAGAACUCGAUCCUUGCGGCUGUCAAGCUGAAUCCCCGGACCCGGAAACGGAAGACAAUCGACGGUGAGGAGGUGUUUGUGCCGGGCCUGCCUCGGCCGGUUCAUGCCGCCAAGGCUCUUCCCAGACCGAACCCGCAGAAGGUCAAGAAGCCUCCGAUCAAGAACCGGACAGUCGUCGUCUCGCCCGUUUCACCCAAGAUUCUUUCCGACAUCAAGCGGGCAUCAAUGGACUCGCUCACGCUGGCACCUCUUAGAACGAAGGAGCAAGCUGCUGCAACGCCGGUCAAGCUGCAGCCCUUGGAGCCCGUUCAUUCCCCCGCAGGCCCUCUUUCAGUCAUGUCGCCCAACUCGCGGGCUCGCGCUGACCUGACGGUGACCAACCCGUUCUACCUGACAGAUACCCUCUUGUAUCAACUGUCACAGCCACCUGGGUGGACACAAUCUCAGAACCUCAGGUUCGAGUUGCCGACCAGGAGGAAUCAGACCAGAAAGGAGAGAGACGCGGCCACGGCGCUGCAGGGGCUGAAGAGGGGAUAAAUUGAUGC